AAAAGUAAGAAAAACAGUCGUAGGCUAGCAGAGAGACCGUGACGGAGAGGAGGACAAAAAUUGAUCGGCGAUCAAAAAAAAAAACAAAAAAUCAAUUCCAAAAAAUAUCGCUUCCCUCUUUCACACUCACCUUCAUCUUCUUCCUUCUUCCACAUUCAGUAUUUAUUUACUCCUCUCAAUCUCUCUCCUAAACUUUCAGUUAAUCACCUGCAUCCAAUCACAGUCUCCUUGCAACCUUCAACCUUUCUCUCUCCUCGAUCUGAAACUACAAUCCUCAAAAACCCUAGGAUUUGACUCAAUCCGUUAAUGGUGAAGCAGUAGAAAUCUGAAGAAGAAUGCUCCGAUUAAUUUGAAUGGCUCAGUAUAGACAGCAGUCAGGGUUCCAUAACAAUCCCGAUUACGUCACCACUAGUACCAGCAACCAUCAUUAUAGUAACGGCAUUAGUAGUAGCAGCAGCAGCAGCGCCGCCUCCGCCGCCGGGAGUUCUGAGCAUGUUAGUAUUGGAGUUCGUGCGGCGUCGUAUAAGCAGCCGCGGCAUCAUCACCGGAGAUUAGGUCAUUCGAAGAGGAGGAUCUCGAUCGGCACUGUUAUUGUUCUGCUUUGUUUUGUCCUUGUUGCUUCUGCUUUUGCUUACGUCUUUCUUUCCAGAGAUCAUUCUUCUUCAGACAUAAAUACACGAGAUACACAAGAUGAUGCUCUCCGGGAUGAUUUUCUUACAAAUGUGACAAGAUUCACAACUCCCUUAGUCAAUUUUGGCCAUGGCUCUGAGGGUCAUGGCCAUGAAGCCCGUGAUUCAAGGUAUUGGGAUGGGGAUGAUAGGAGAAGGGAUGAAGAUUACAAUGAGGAUAUGCAUAAAAGUAGUGCAGAUAGUGACGAUGAAUCAGGGAAGGAUAAUGUAUCCAGUAGAGUGAAGAGUCCAACGAAGGAGUCCAAAAACCAUAUCAGUAAAGGCACAGAUCAUCAUGGUUCAUACAAUGAAGCUGGGCGUGAGGAAUUAAAAAUGUAUGAGCAAAAAUACGAAGCUUCUUUGAAGAAUGUUGGCCAAGAAAGCGUGGAAUCUGAGGAUGGAAAUCAUGCUUCAGAGGGGGGCAGUUUGGAUAUGGAGAGUGAAGAUGUUGAUGCAGAAGAUGAAUAUGAUGAUGGCAUUGAUUCACAUGAUGCUCAUGUAGAUGACUAUGAUGAUGAUAAUAGGAAUCAGGUGGUCACCAAACUGCCUAAAUCCCACUCAGAACACGGUGGAAAUGAUAAAGGCCAUGAUACACUUGUGGAUUAUGACUCAAAUGAUAGUUCUUCUAAACAGAAGAGUUCUAACAUCAUUGGAAAGACUAAACAAGUCAGUGCUUCUGAUGUACGAUCAAAUACCGGCUCUGGAAAGCAGCCAAAGAAACGUAGGAAACACCGCAAGUUUUCCUCUUCAAGUUGUGAUAUGAAAUUGCUGAAUUCUACCGCGCAACUUGUAGAGCCGCUUGAAAGUAGAAAAUUUGCAAGAUUUGCACUGUCGUAUACAGAAAGAGAAGAGAAGCCUGAUGGGGAAGAUAACUGGGAACCCAGGUUUGCUGGGCAUCAAAGCUUAAGAGAAAGGGAAGACUCAUUCCUUGCACGUGAUCAAAAGAUUAAUUGUGGCUUUGUUAAGGGUCCUUCAGAGUAUUCAAGUACAGGAUUUGACUUGGCCGAGGAUGAUUCCAGAUACAAUAGUAAAUGCCACAUUGCUGUUGUUUCUUGCAUCUUUGGAAACUCAGAUCGCUUGAGAUCUCCUUUUGUUAAAGUGAUCAGUCGUUUGUCUAGGAAAAAUGUUUGCUUUGUGAUGUUUAUGGAUGAAAAGACUUUGCAAACCAUUUCUCUAGAAGGCCAUAUACCCGACAGAAUGGGAUUUAUUGGUUUGUGGAAAAUCGUUGUGGUGAAAAAUCUUCCUUAUACAGACAUGAGGAGAGUCGGGAAGAUACCAAAACUUUUGUCUCAUCGACUUUUUCCUUCAGCAAGAUAUUCAAUUUGGCUGGAUAGCAAAUUGCGUCUCCAACGCGACCCUCUAUUGCUAUUGGAGCACUUCUUAUGGCGAAAGGGGCAUGAAUAUGCAAUAUCAAAUCACUAUGAUCGUCAUUGUGUUUGGGAAGAAGUGGAGCGAAACAAGAAGCUUAAUAAGUUCAACCACACCAUGAUUGAUCAGCAAUUCCAGUUUUACCAAGCUGACGGGCUAAAGAAAUUCAAUGCCUCUGAUCCCGCAAAGAUGCUUCCGAGCAAUGUACCAGAAGGGUCUUUGAUAAUCAGGGCACACACACCCAUGUCAAAUUUGUUUUCCUGUCUCUGGUUUAACGAAGUGGAGCGUUUUACCCCAAGAGAUCAAUUAAGCUUUGCAUUUACAUACCAGAAGUUGAAAAAGAAAAAUCCUAGCAAAACAUUUUAUCUCCACAUGUUCAAGGACUGUGAGAGGCGGCAAAUUGCAAAGUUGUUCCACCACAGGUCCGAGGAAAAGCGUGGCACUUCACGGGAUGCCACGGAGUAAGCAAACGGAAGCAAACGUUGCACAUAGUGUGAGUUUCCACUUACUUUCGUUACGUUAUGCUUGGCCGUGCCUUGCCCUUAUUCCUGGAGAAUAUAAUUUGUCCCCCCACGAGUUCCCAUAUUAGGUCGUGGAUGCCGGUACCAUACACUAUAUACUAGAUUUUUUUCAAUGAGGAUUAUACAACAAUGUUAGCAAAAGGGGACAACUUAACACUUCAGGUUAACAGCUAUGGAAAAGGUACCGUUCCGUUUCGUUCCGUUCCGUUCAGUUCAUAGUUCCUCAUUUGUAUUAAUUUUAUUCCGAUUCAUUCUAUGUUUGGUAGCUUACUAGAUUGAGCCUAUCAUUCAAUACUUGUGUAACUCUAAUAUUGACCUUGAGAAAACUAUUGGUGCCAUAUGUAUUUUUAGGGAAGAUACGGACCGGAAAUUAUUUUUUGAUUGGUCAUUUUACAGUGUAUUUUAGCUAAAGAACAUUUAAGAUUAAUUACCUGAUGUUGGUUGGUAUAUAUCAUUGAAGAAUAUUUGAACAA